CUCCGAGAUUAUUCCUGUUGCCGGCAUCAAAUGGCCCUCAGUACACAAGGUCGUCGGAAGGCCAUGGGGUGCGGUGAAAGCCGUGCCCGACCACCAGCCAGUCAUAGACAGGAGGAGACUGCAAUGCCACGAUGAUCACUGGCGCCCCUCGGCGCUGAGGACAAGCAGACAACGACGAUGCUCGACUACCCUCGAUUCGGCGAAGAUGGUCCAGCAGUCCUCGGCAGGCUGACGCCCUCGCAAUGGGCCGCGGCGGCCUGGCUGCCUACCGUGGGCAUCCACGUCGCCUUACCCAUCAUAACGCAAUUUCUCGUCCUGUACGAGUACCUGCUCCACGCGCCGUCCGAGGUCGACAUCUGGCGAAGGCUUUCGAGCCGCAGGAGUCGGCUCAAGACAAGGGCCAUUCAACCGUGGGCCACGCUCUGGCUCCGCUACGGAAGCGUAUCCUUUGGCAUCCUCGCGAUUGUACGACAGUGGGGAAAUGACUUUGCCUGGUCCCGUUGCUCGCACGUCGUUGUGCCCCUCUUCUUCGCUUCAUCGGCCAUGCUUUCGGUUCUCACGGCUUCCAUCUCGGCCUGGCGCUGCCUCACGAUUGCACGCGCUGCCAUGGGGGGAGGUGCCACCCGGUGGUACGGCCUGACACAGGCCAUUGUCUGCCUCUGCCUCGUCGCACGCUUCGCCGCAAAUGUCAUCGCCUUUACCUUGCAGUCCUACAUCGCCCCUCCCACCUCGAUGACCAACACACGGACGACGUGUUUCGCCUUUGAAGAAGCGGCCUUCGAACAGCUCCGUCUGGUGUCAAACGAAGACGACCUGCCCAAGCGAAUUUUUGCUUUUGUCGGCCUUCUCGCAACAGUCUUCAUUAGCGAUGCCACCUUUGCCAUCGUCUCCUUUACUGGUAUCGCCUCGCUUGAUGCCCAGAUUCAGCCCCAGAGCGGUCUCCUACGAAUUCUUCGGAUGAACAGCAUCACUCACUACUCUAUCCUGGCGCUCUCCAAUGUCGGCACUCUCAUCUUCUACUGCCUCACCCUGGACCCCUUUACCGUGCACCUCACCGCUGCCAUUGGCGCAAUCAUUGGCAUUCGCGUCCUCAUCUCUGAGCAGGAGUCCGUCCUAGCCGCUUCACACCACUACGACAACACGACUCCAUGGAUCAGCGGCGCGCAACCACCUCCUCGCAAUCUGCACGGCGGUCUGAGUGGUGCAUUGAGCUUUCAGGCAGGUGCAACGCCCAUGGCCGCUGUUGCCUCUCGCUCCAUCUUUGCGCCUGCUGCCACCACCAUUGGCAUGGCGCAUAAUCAUCACCAUCACCACCCUCAUCAUCCUCCCUCUCAUUCUCAUCAUCAAACGACGACAGUCGCAAAUGCCGCCUCGGUGCCAGGAGGGGAUGGGCAUAGACUAACGAGGUUGGCAAGCAGACCAGAGGGAAGCAGCGAAGAUGAGAUGGACCACCAGGACGAUGUCAUCGUCAUGCACGAUGACGACGAGGACGAGGACGAGGACGAAGCUCCAAGGUACUGCUGCGAUGAAGAUGACGAGAAGAUGGGACAGGGCGACGACGAGGAGAAGCAGAAGCAGGAAGGGACAGAGGAUCCUUCGAAGCAGAAUUUGGAAGGAGCAGCGGCCAAUCAAGUCGAAGCAGGGAAUCAGAAGAAAAGGAAAAAGAUGCGAUGGGGAAGAAUCGGCAGGCGUGGGGAAGAAUCACAGGUCUUUCCAGGUACCUCUCUGGCUCCUGCUGCUACUCAAUCCAAGCGACGGCAAGUCCAACCAACUCAGCCACUCUCAAACCAGCAGAAGCAACGACAAGGAGCAGCAGCAGCAGCUGCUGCUGCGGCUGGUCCUCUGUGCAAGCUGUGCCGUCAACCGUUGAUCUGGCAGGAAGGCCGGAUGUCCCUCGGCCUACUGGCACGGCCUCCACGUCAUCCGCACGUCAAGAGGCGCGGGGCAGGUCUGACCGACAUCGACGCCGUCACGGUCCUGGAACAUGGUCGAAGCAUCGAUCGGCCCUGGCCAAUGUGGCCCUCGGACUGCAUCGCUGCGGAAGAAGACGAAGAGGGUGAGGACGAGGAGGGAAGAGACGUAGGGACGACGAGCGUCGGUGGCGGGGUGGCGUUGAAUGCGUUGGGCAGGGACCGGCUAAGGACCGGCGAAGAAGAAAACCAUUUGAGGGCCACGGUGGGCAAUUGGGCGAGAGGCGUUGUACCAGGAGCAGCGGAACUGGACAAAAAGGACACCGUCAGCGUCGGGAGAGAAGAUGUGAAGGAGGAGGAGCAGACGACGAGAGUGUCCUCUGAUGAAAGGGGAGUCAGUCCCAGGCAAGAAGAAGAAAGUGGCUAAGACCAGGUGGAGGGUGCAUGGGCAGACUUCCGCUGCGGGCCAAGGGCGAGCGAAGCCGACGAUGCGUCGUGAGCUGGUUCAGCGAUGAUGCUUCAUUCAAGCUUCAAGGGCCCUUUCCUUGCCCAGACCAAGACGGCCAGCCUGUACGCUCUGCUCGGGCGUUGUUCUAAAUGUCACCCUGAUGGACAUUACUUGCAAAUAAGCUCCACUUUCCCAAUCUUUCUACGAUGUGUGUGUGUGUGUCU